AUGGUCAAAUGGCACGGCUUCGCUUGCGCUGCCGCCGCCGCCAUCGGCCACAGCGGCAUCGACGCGACGCGCAAGUACGCGUCGCAGACGCUCUCCUCCGCCGAGCUCGUGACGCUCGUCGGCAUUCUCGAUGCGCUCUUUCUCUCCUCCUUCAUCCUCGCGUUCCGCCUCGUCACCGACCUGCGCUUCGUGACGUGGAAGCUCCUGCAGAUUCUCGUUGCCAGCUCAGCAGCAAAGAUCCUAGCUGGCGUCAUGUACCAGCGCGCGUUACACGUAGCACCGAUAUCCACGACUGUUCCGUUCCUCGCGUUCGUACCCGUGCUCUUACUCGCAACAUCGUUUCUUCUCCUGGGUUCGGACAUAGCGUUGGAUUUGAGCUUCGGGCAGCGAAUCGAUCGGGCAGUGAGUGAAAGACACUCGGGCAGCGGGUUAAGGGCAGAAGGGAGGGCAGGAAACGCGGCAGGAGAAGAGGAAAGAGAGGAGGUGACAGCUGGGGGAGGGAGGAAUGCCACUUUGGCAGGCGAGAGAACAGGAGAGAGCAGACAAAGAAGUUUCACUGAAGGUUCUAGCAGCAGUGAGAUUGUGGCCGGCGGUGGGUUCGGAGGCGGAAGAGGGUUCUAUUCCCGAGCCUCAAGAGGCCGGUUCGGCACUGGCUUGGGAAUUGGGCUAGGUUCGGCUCAUCACCCCCAGGAGGAUGGAUCUGCCCAAUCCAGCCCUGCCACGUCAGGAGGGCGAGCAAUCACAAGGGGAGACGGGGCAAGAGGAGAAACAGGGGAGGUGGUGGGUGAAGGGGAGAAGGGAGGAGGGGAGGGCAAGGGGGGGAAGAGAGAGAGUGUGAGACAGCAACAGGAGGCGACAGCACAGCAAGGAGCAACGCCGGGGUCAGCAGGAGGGGUGUGGCGAACGAGGAGUGGGAGGCGGAGAGGCGGGUGGAUGGGGGCGUGGUUGCUGGUGGUGCUGCAGCAGGUGUGGGGGGCGGUGGUGGGAGGGAAGGAGGAGCGGGAUGUGGAGGCGGGGAGGAGAGGGUGGGUGAAGGUGCUUGUCUCGAAGACAACUCGUGUGCGCCUGCUGCUGGGUGCAGUGCUUGCCCCGUUGGGAAAGAGGGUCGGCAUCGUCUGGCAGUAUCUGCACGGUCCGGUGAAGCGGUUACGAGUGGUGGUAACCGCAUGGGCAAGGGCACCAAUGCGAGUGGUAGCACGAGUGGUGCGGGUGCCGUGGGUGGUGGUGAAGGGCGCGUUGAGGUGGGUGGGCGCUCAGAAGCGCCACGAGGGGCCGCUGCUCAUGAUGGGAUGCGCCGUGCUGCUCAGCUUCACCAACGGGUGUGACAAGCUGGGGGUGCACCACUCGCCCUCAGUGGUGGUGUUUGCGGGGCUGCAGCGCCUCUUCAUGGCCGUGCCGCCCGUGCUCUACCUCGCCGCCACCAGGCCAUCGGCGUUUCCCCUGCUGCUGAAGCACUUCCCGUUGCUGGCGGGCAUAUCAGCGUGUGAGAUCACGGCCAUUGUGUUCUAUCUGCAAAGCCUGCACUGGCUCCUCGUCUCCUACUCCGUUGCCGUCAGUCCCCUUCUCCCCCCCCCCUUCCCACUCUCUUCUCUUCCAUCCAAUUCUCACUCGGCAUCGAGUCAAGCUGCUGCCGCCCAACCACCCGAUAUCCUGGGAACUGCCACGCGUAACGCAUCCACUGCCUCACCACCUCGUGCUCUUUGA